CCCAUGUCGUUUGGUCGCCCGCCGACGUUCCAGUCUUUUGUCGUCACACCGCCCGAGCGAGGCUCGUUUCCAUUGGACCACGAUGGGGAAUGCAAGCAGUUUAUGCAGGUGUACCUGAACUGCCUGAAACAGAACAAGAGCCAGUCCCAGGAAUGCAGGCCGCAGAGUAAGGCCUACCUCGAGUGUCGGAUGACCAAUGGGCUGAUGGAGCGCGAUUCUUGGGACAACCUCGGGCUGGCGGGCGUGCCCGAUACCCCGGCAGCGGCUGUCCCUACGCAUAUGGCGGCGAGUGCAUCUAAGCCAGAAGAAAAGAAGGACAAGACAUGAGAUUUGUAGGAUCGCGCAGUCUAAUCUCGCGCAUACAUUGUACUCUAUCAAGCAAUCACA